UGCCCGAGAGCACCUCGAGCGCUCCGUGCCCCGCCGAACCGAGCCUGGGCCCUCCGUGCCCCUCCGAGCCUGGGCGCUCCGUGCCUCACCGAACCGAGCCUGGGCCCUCCGUGCCCCGCCGAGCCUGGGCGCCCCGUGCCGAACCUCGCCGAGCCCCGGAGCUCCGCGUCCCGCCGAGCCCCGUCCCGCUGCCGCGAUGAUGCCUGGCCGGACCCUGCGCAAAGCCGCGCCGCCUGCCGCUCCUGCAGGGCGAGAGGCGGCGGUGGAGUGCGCCCUGGAGCUGACCCGCAUCGGCGACAGGUGGGACCUGCGGCAGAGGCUCCUGAACCUGCUCGCCAAGAUCUUCUGCCCCGGAACUUGGGCUGCCCGCAGACACGGCGAGCGGAACGGAAGAGCACCUUGGCUUUGUGGGUUCGGAAGAAGAGGCUCCACAGACAUUGGGAGAUGAAGAAACCUCAAAUCUCGCUGCGUUGUAUUUGGGUGACUGCAGCUGCUGGAGGAUGGCUAUCACAUGUUUUCUCUGAAGAAUGUUACAGCAAUUCUGGCGUAUGAAUGCCAGCUGGGGAAAAAAGAUAAUGAUGGGCUGAGCCCCUAAACUGUGCAGUGGUGACUUGGGGCGAGCUGGUGACCUGGGGAGAUUUGGGACAAGACUGAACUUGCCCUUCACCAUGGUCUGAGAACGCUUUCAGGAACCUGGUUUCCCCAGCCACCCUCUGGUCCUCAUGUCCCACAGCCGUGUGUCAUCGAGGAGCUCAGCCCGCCUACAGGAUGAAGCAAAAAAAAAGUGUCAGUCUGUUGGAACCUGGGAUCACAUACCACACAGAAUAAGAAGCCAGUUGCUGACCUUUGACUGCUCCUCCUCUCUAAAGUGUGGAUCCUGCUGGACAGGGAUCUAGUGGUGUUUAUUAAAAUUUGUUAAAGACAACCACUAUCUUUAUUGGAAAAUUAUUGUUACAGGAUGUUGUUUUGCAGACUAAAAGUUGUAAUUCUAUGAAUUAAUACAGUGUUGCAUAGUUCUAGUCUAUAGGAUAAGUAUAUAGUAUAAGUUUAUAUAUAUAGUAUGUAUGCAUAAAAUAUAAAUGUGUGCACUGCUAGUGCAUGUAUUGAAUAUUUAAUAGAACUAUUCAUCAAAAGCUGUUUGUUUAAUCUCAAAACACAGUAUGAAAAAAUGUUCAAAACAUGACAAAACUAAAUAUAAAACGGUAUUAUAUAAACAAAAAAAAGAAUAAUAUUUUCUGAUGAUAAAGGAAAUAAGUCAUGCUUCAGAGAGGGAAGCAUACUUUGGCAUAAGAUAUGUAUCUGAAUAUACAUUACACAGAUACAUAGGUAAUUGUGGAAGGAUUCUUUCAAUAUUACAAAGAAUUUUUUUAUAACAGUACAAUUCUGCUGUGUCUUUAUAAGUAACAAAAUAACUUCAAUAGAAGUAGAUCCUAAAGUUGAAUGUCAAGUUUUGCUGAGAAUGUUAUUUAUUCAAAGAAAGCAACUACCUCUCUUUGAAGAAAUAAUAUCAAUAGAAUUGAGCAUUUCUGUGGUACAAGAAAGUAGCCUUAGAUUUUUGAAUGUUUAAUUAUACUUAUGGAUAAAGGUUCUUACCUUGUACUUUCUUUCCAUUUCAUUUCAUGGCCUCCUCAUCUCAGUUCCAGAAUGGUGGAGCUGUGGCAGCCCAUCCAGUGGAUGGUGAUGCAUCCUCACCACUGAGGGCUUACGUGGGAUUGACCCAUCUCACUGAGGGGAUAUUAUCUUUGGCUGGCUUCAGAGGAGCUGAAUUAAACAUGUUUGUUGCUGUGAAGGCAAACAGUAACUUUGCUACUUCAUUCAUGUCAGGCUCCAUCCUAAACAGUACUUUUCAUGGGUCCAAGAUAGAAAGAAAAAGGCUGAAGCUGUUUCAUAGCUACCUCUAAGGUCACUGGUGAGAGUUCCUUCUCUUAACUACCCUUGUAUAUAAGCACAUUUGAAUUUUUAAGGCUGUAUAGUUACACUUUGUUAUUUGUGUCUAUUCAAAUUAUGUCUUCUCCUGUCUUGUGGUGAAUUCUUGUUUGUAUUUAUAAUUUAUUUUUCCGUUAUAUCUUCCUAAUCUGCCUUUGCAAAGUUGUCAUUUUGUAACUCUGGUCACUCUCACAACCAGCUGUGCAGGGGCUGUAUUGACACUGACUUCUGUCACUGAGCAGAAGCUGACUGACUUUGCCUUCUUUCCACGUGGAAGACUUAACCCCAUCCAUCCCAGUGGCAUUACAGGGAGCUUUGCUCUUGGCUUGAGCCACAUGCAUUGUUCCCUUCCCCUGUAAGCUAGCCAGUACCUUUUCAGGGAGAACACAAUAUUUCAAAAAUAGUUGUUAUUUAUCCUAUACUGCAAAGCAGUGCAUUUUACUGACAUGUACAUAGGUCAGUUUUUCAGGUACUAAAAAAUAAAGAGUUUCAGACCAGCAGGACACCAGCUCCCAGGCUAGCAUUGCAUCCAGCUGGGCAAAACUUCAUCAAAGACAGCUCCAGCUUCAUAAGAAGGGUUGCUGUUGUAUAUCCUGUGCUUGGUGGAGUCUUGGGAUCUUCAUCAAGGACACUGAACAAUGACCAUGCCUGUCUGGAACUCUCAGAAGAAUUCAGCACUAGCAUUCACAUUAGUAGCUGAAAAGUAUGUGAAUAAAACUGUUCUGUUCAAUGCAUGCUGCUUGCAAAAUCUACAGGAAACGAGGUGUGGAGUUGUAGAACGUGCCCUGUUCUUCAGGCUGUAGCACAUAUAAAUAUUACCAAAAAAAGUAUAUCAUAAAUGCAUUGUCAUGGGGAUAUCCAAGUGUACUGUUAGCACAGUAUUUGUCUGCCUGGUUAUGCAAAGACUAUUUGCUUUUUUUUGAAAUGCUUUAGGUUUUUCUAUGCAUUGUCAAGAAUGGCAGUGUUCAACAGGAACUCAGGAAAAAGGCACAGAUGCAAGAGGUCAGUGCCAGUAUAUGACCAAGUGCUUGCUGAUGUCCACCCUAGAUUUCUUUUGUUACUUCUGCAAAGGAUCUGCUUUUGACUUUAUCAACAUGAGUUUGUUUUCCUUAAGGCCUGUUCUGGAUGCGUGCCAGAUGUGCUGCUGUACCCCUCACGCAUGUAUGUCUUGAGUUCUUGCUAA